AUGCAUCACAUCGGAAGCCUCAUCUUGGCCUUUGCCUCUCUCACCGCCGCGGUCCCGGGCCUUGCCCCUGCCAGCGUGAGGUCUGCCAAGUCAGCCCACGUCCGUCGUGACACCAGCUCCUUCCAGAUCUACGCCUACGGCUCUGGCAUUGGCGGUCUGGCUUUGUUCACUGCUGGAGGUGAUGCCUACUUCGGAGACUACACCCAGUUCAACGACUCCAACGCGGCCCCGGUGAUCUUCACUCCCCAGACCGACGACGAGGAGACCUGGAUCGGCGCGCCCAACACCACCGCCGUCACCACCACCCCCACCUGGUCCAACCUCACCUUCACCAUCCCCAGCUCCGACUCCGACGUGCACAACGUCGCCUUCCUCGAGAGCAACUCCUCCUCCACCGGCCGCCAGACCAGCGGCUUCGCCUUCUACGGCAACUUCGUCCUCGUCGAGGCCGACGACGGCAGCUACGAGUCUCUGUGGUACGCUACCGCCACCGAGACCGACGGCAUCUACAACCUGCGCUGGAACGAGACCGGCGACGACACCGAUGACAAGAUCAUCCUCAACCUCAGGAGGACUGCUCCUUCCAACUAA